UAACCAUUCUUUCCCAGCAACACCACAAUGGCAAUUUCAAAUCACGAUCACCUUUCUGGUUGGCCCAAAUUGGCCCCUUUCCCCACCCAGUUACCCCAAUCGCAAAUCACCAUCACAUCUCCAAAUGGCCCAAAUCGGCCCACCUACCCACAACGGCAAUUUCAAAUCACGAUCACCUUGGGGUUGGCCCAAAUUGGCCCAUUCUUCCCCACCCAUUUUCCCCUUGGCAAUUUCCCCACCCAUUUUCCCCCAUCGCAAUUUCCCCCUCCCAUUUCCAAUUUACCCAUUCUUUCCCAGCCCACCACAAUGGCAAUUUCAAAUCACGAUCACCUUGAGGUUGGCCCCAAUUGGACCCUUUCCCCCCACCCAUUUUCCCCCAUGGCAAUUUCCACACUUUCUCCCAUUCCCAAUUUACCCAUUCUUUCCCACCCCACACCCAUAAUGGCAAUUUUCUAAUCAAAAUUGCACAGGCCCAUUUUCA